AUGUUCUUGAAAUCCAGCGCUACAUUCCUUGCCCUUCUGAGCUUCUUCUCGCAGAUCGCACAGGCCGCCUCAAUUCCUAACGACAUGUCUGCGGCACUUUCGGAGAAUAUGAGUCCUGCUAACCAAAUGGAUUCUCUGGCGAGCGACGGCUUGCAGGCGAGUCGUGCUCUCUUCAAUUUCAGAGAAUGUGUGUGGGACGGUGUGAAGAGAACCACUGUAUCUGCCAACCUUUCCGAGUUUGUGGCUGUCGCGUCAACAGGGGACACUGUGUUUGCCGGUGGUAGGCUUGGGAGGAUGCGUUGA